AUGUUUGAUUCCUCUUCACCUCUUCGCAUUGGCUACGUGCCGGAACAUUACCUCCUACCUCUCCAUCUCUCUACCUUUCCAUUCCCUGUCCAGCUCGUGCCAUUCCCGUCCGGUACAGGCCACAUGAUUACGUCUUUCCGCUCCGACUCCAUUGAUCUCGCAAUCGGACUUACAGAAGGCUGGGUAGCAGGUCUUCUCACCCCACAAGGACAGAGAGAGAGGGGAUACAAGAUCGUCGGGAGAUGGGUACAAAAUCCACUACGAUGGGCGAUAGUUACGGGCAGGAACAGAGAGGACAUCGGUGGCCUCGCCGACCUACAGACUCACAGGAAGGUUGGUGUCAGCAGGCUAGGAAGCGGUAGUCAUAUCAUGGCUUCUGUGCUGGCGCAACAGGAAGGAUGGAGCUCAUCUUCGGGACAAUCUAAGACUCUUGACAUCGUCCCAUUAGGCCCCUUAUCCGACCUGAUCGCUGGCGUCACCGGAAAAGAAUGUGCAGAUCCCACAGCAGAUUUCUUCAUGUGGGAGCAUUUCACCACCAAACCACAUUUCCAUCCCAAGGGCUCGCCGCUUAAGAAGAUUGGAGAAAUCUACACGCCGUGGCCGAGCUGGCACAUUGCGGCGAGUGAGAAGAGGUUCCCCAGACCAGAAAGUGAUGAGAUGUUGGCUAAAGUAUUCGAGGUGCUUGAUCGAGGCAUCAAGAGGUUCAAUAGUGACGCUGAGGUUGGUGUCAGGAUGCUGGGGACCGGAGAGCUAGGAUGCUAUUAUAGCGAGGUAGAUGCCAGGGAAUGGUUGACAAAGGCCAAGUUUGUGGAUGAGACUAGAGGGGUCGAUAGGCAAGUUUUGGCCGAGGUCGUCAAAGUCUUGCAGGGCGCUGGAGUGGUUGAUACGGAUACGUCUAUCACCAAUGGUGAUGGUGUGAUUGGUAUCGAGAAGACGUGA